AUGUCAAGAGACGCACUUCUUGUCGACGUCGAAAAGACCUGGAACGAGCACCUUAUCGAUCAGCCUACGCAAACUGCUGAACAAAUUAAAGCUGGCAAAGCACUCAUUGAGCUUUUCUUAGCCACUUUCGUAUACCAUGACUACAACCGCACCCGCGAAUUAGUCUCUGAGGAUUACAUCCAGCAUAACCCCACACUUGGGACUGGAAGAGAGUCUAUCAUCGAAUUCGCCGAGAGAGAAACCACAGACCCCAACAGACCUUUUAAGUGCAACUGGAAGCGCAUUCUGGUUGAUGGGCAAUUCGUAGUUGCCCACAUUCAUGUGGAGGCUUAUGAUGGAACUGAUGGCGUGAGAGUGGUAGAGAUACUUCGGUAUGAAAAGGGUGUUUUUACGGAGCACUGGGAUACUGCCGCCCCGGUUCCCCCCAAGUCAGAGUGGAAGAACCAAAAUGGCCUGUUCUAA